AUGUCUAAAGUCGUACGAAGCGUUAAAAACGUCACAAAAGGAUAUUCCUCAGUGCAGGUCAAGGUCCGAAAUGCCACUAGUAAUGACCCCUGGGGCCCUACGGGUACCGAGAUGUCCGAGAUCGCCGCCAUGACUUUCGGGAGCCCGAACGAGUUCUACGAAAUCAUGGACAUGCUUGACAAGCGACUCAACGAUAAGGGCAAGAACUGGCGCCACGUGCUGAAGUCGCUGAAGGUCUUGGACUAUUGUCUCCACGAAGGCUCGGAGUUGGUAGUAACGUGGGCCCGGAAAAACGUCUAUAUUAUCAAGACUUUGCGCGAGUUCACAUACGUCGACGAGGAAGCAAGGGAUGUUGGCCAAAACGUUCGCGUGGCAGCAAAGGAAUUAACUGCACUGGUACUGGAUGAAGAUCGUUUGCGCAGUGAACGAUCGGAUCGCAAACUCUGGAAGACUCGCGUGAGCGGACUCGACGAAGGAUACGGAAACUCCCCCGUGGAACCGCCGCGCAGAGAGCGACGCCGACGCAACGGGGACGACGACUCCGACAUCGAAUACCACUUAGCUAUUGAAGCCAGCAAGGCCGAAGCUGAGGAUGAGCGCAGGCGACGGGCUAAGGAGACAAUGGCGGGUCAGGACGACGAGGCUCUUGCCAAGGCCAUCAAGCUCAGCAGGGAAGAGGAGGACCUCCGAAAGCGCGAAUUGGAGGAGAGCAACGCGCAAUCUCUCUUCGACGACACCCCAGCCCCAGCUCAAGUCCAGCCAACCGGCUACAACCAGGGCUACCAACAGCAAGGUGCUGUGGACUGGUUCGGCAACCCGAUCAAUGCGCAGCAGCCUCUGUCAACUGGCUACCUGAACAACCAGUAUGCGCAGCCGACAGGAUUCCAGAAUCAGCCCACCGGCAUGAAUAACCCUUACGCCAAUGGCUAUCAGACGCAGCCCUCGGCCUUUGAUCAGAACCCUUACGGCCAGCAACAGAACAAUCUUUUACAACCGCAGGCCACUCUCCAACCUCAGCACACCGCAUUUAACCCGAAUAACCCUUACGGUGCGGAUGUCUUCUCCCAGCAGCAGCAGCAGCAGCAGCAGCAGCAGCAGCAACAACAACAACAGCCCCAGGAGAACUAUCAGACGGCAGGGAGCAAUAACCCAUGGGCCGGCAGCCACUCUCAGCAACUGCAGCCCGCUGAUGCCCUCAAGCCCAUGCCGACAGGAUCAAACAACCCAUUCGCUCAGCGCACUCAAACACAAUUCAACAACCAUGCAAAAACAGGCCCGCCAACACUCAAUUCCUUGUCGGAGGACCGUGCAACCAAUCAGUUUGCGCAGAACAACUCGCAGUAUGGUCAAAGUUCGCUGUUCGCCCAACCCUCUCAGCCCAACCCGAUCGCCGGCUUCCAAGCCCCACAGCCACCAAAGAGUACGUCGCCACUCAACCCUCACCACGCUCGUCUCAACGCCCUUCUUGGGUCAGGCGAAGGCCAGGAUACCUUCGGAAAUGUCGGAGACCUUCGAAUCCCCGCACAGCACACAACACCUGGCACAUUCGUCAAUUCUGCCGGCCUGGGCUUGGACCGCCUACACGCUGCUCCUACGGGAAACCCAUUCUUCGGCCAACAAUUCACAGGCAUGCCGCAGCAGACCGGUUUCCAGCAGCAACCUGCCAAUAACAACCCCUGGGCAGGUCAGCAACAGCAACAGCGCGGUGGCGGCAGCCUGAUUGAUCUGUAG